AUGUAUCGUGCCUUGUGCCUUGUGCUUGUCUUUGCAGUUUCCACUUUGUGCGUUUUGGGCACCCGAGAUAAUCCCUUUAUCUGGCAAGCAGUGGUCGAGUAUGACUCUGUAUCAGAACGCAACUAUGUGGCGGGGUCCUCUUUGAAGCAAUACAGCCAAGAUUUCCAAACACUUGUCGUGCAUAAUGAUCUCCAUGGAUACAGCCAAAGGCUAUUGUUGGAUCUUGGACAUGGAUGUAAUGGAACGACAACAAUCGACAAUCUCAAAUCAUGGAAUGGGAAUAUAAGCAGCAGCCUGUUAUCGACACCUUCCAUUGCAUUGGUAGAGCGUGGAGGACACAAUUGCCAUCUUUGGUCUCACAAGAUCAACAAUGCCUUAGCCCUGUCAUCACAACACAACCUUAAUAUUACAGCCAUUCUCAUUGCCGACAAUACAACAUACGAUGACGCCAACGCAAUCAGUCUACCCACUACAGCUAAUAAUCCUCCAAUUUGGAAUACUACUUUACCACCUAUUCGCAAUGCAACGCUUAUGCCUGAUAAUGAUAUCGAUUCGGCCACGAUUAAUAUCCAUGCUGCAGUUUAUUUCACACCCGCCUUGUAUGCCGCAGAAUUGAAGGCUAUGAUAGGCAAGUACAACAACGAUGUUCGAAGAUACGUACAAUUAGGCAUGCUUUUUGAGGAGACAUCAUUUCUCGUCAAUACAACAAGUGGUGAUACUGAAUCUCAAGACGACAGCGAUGAUGGUGAAGGAUCAAACAACGCUGACCGAGGCUAUCUAGCUUAUGUCAUUGCAGCAGCCACAACGCUUGUGUUUGUGGGUAUGGUUUGUCUAAGGUGGUGUCGCAAAACACGAGAUGAUGAAUCUGCGAUCGAUACAGCAGAUGUUGUGCUUGGACAAAAUCAACAAGAGACUCGGCGUUUAUCUAUCACUGUGCUCAACAAUCUUUGCCCCGUACAAGAGCUUCACAAGGUGGAUACCAAAAACACGGUGUGUGCUGUGUGCCUGGAUGAGCUGAAAGAGAAUGAUCUUGUUCGAAUUCUUCCAUGUAACCAUGGCUUUUGUGUUGCAUGCAUUGAUUUAUGGUUGACAAAAAAGUCCAGCUUGUGCCCUAUAUGCAAGUACGAUUGUGAUCCAAAUCAUCAACCACAACGAUCUUCAUCUGAGCAUGUCACUGAGGAGGAGGAUUCACCUUCGUCUCCCGCGCAACAACAACAACAACCACCACCACCAUCAACGAGUGAAACCACUGUUGAAUUGCAACAAGUUCGUGUCACACGCCCAACACCACCUCCACCAGCAGUAACAACAUCAUCUUGCUAA